AUGAAGCUGAACUGUACUCCUAUGUCCAUGAUUCGUAAGAAUGUGUUUCUCAUCAAGCUCGUCUCCGCUAUUCUGAUAACUGGUCUCGCUUUUCAUUUCUUCAUUUUCCACUUCAGCGACUUGUCUCCAGUAUUUGCGUCGGUCACCGGUAAAUUCGAAGCACGGCUUCUGCCGCCCAAGGUUUUCGUCCCGGAAAACGAAGAUCUAAUCCCUCAGGAUAUUGAAAUAGAGAAGUGUGAUCUCUUCGCCGGAAAAUGGAUACCAGACACAUCAGGACCAAUCUACACAAACAGCUCAUGUGGUACGCUCAUCGACGGUCACCAAAACUGCGUCACCAACGGCCGUCCCGACUUAGACUUCCUCUACUGGAAAUGGAAGCCUCACGACUGUCUUUUACCACGUUUCGACCCUCAAAGGUUUCUUAACCUUAUGAGAAACAAAUCUUGGGCAUUCAUUGGUGACUCCAUAUCCCGUAACCACGUCGAGUCUCUCCUCUGCAUGCUCUACACGGUUGAAGAACCGGUCGAAGUGUACCACGACAAAGAGUACAGAUCAAAACGAUGGCGUUUCCCAUUACACAACCUUACCAUCUCCAACAUUUGGUCGCCGUUUCUCGUUCAAGCCGCGAUUUUCGAAGAUAUGAACGGCGUUUCAACCGCUUCCGUCCAGCUACACGUCGACAAGCUAGAUGACACAUGGACCGAUCUAAUGCCGAGCCUCGACUACGCGAUCAUCUCGACGGGGAAAUGGUAUCUCAAAUCCGCGGUUUACCACGAAAACGCGAAACCCGUCGGGUGUCAUAACUGUCCGGAGAAGCUUCGUUUGGAAGAGCUAGGAUUCGACUACGCUUACAACGCGUCGCUAAGGAACGUCAUGGACUUCUUGGCGGCGGCGGAGACUAACCGUGAAGCCACGGUGUUUUUCCGGACUUCGACUCCGGAUCAUUUCCAAAACGGGGAGUGGCAUAACGGCGGGACGUGUAAGCAGACGGAGCCGGUGAGUGAUGAUGAGGAGAUUGAGAUGAAGAAUGUGCAUAAGAUACUUAGAGAUGUUGAGAUUGGUCAGUUUGAGAGAGCGGUUAGAGAGAAGGGUCAGGACCGUGGUGGGAAUCUGAAGCUUUUGGAUUUCACCGGAAUGUUGCUGACCCGACCCGAUGGGCAUCCGGGUGCGUACAGACAGUUCAGGCCGUUUGAUAAAGACAAAAAUGCAAAGGUACAGAACGAUUGUCUGCAUUGGUGUUUGCCUGGUCCGAUUGAUUACUUGAAUGAUGUUAUAUUGGAGACUAUAGUAAAUGGUUAA